UUUUAAUUUUUUUGUUAAAAAAGGAUCAGUCUUUUUUUAUAUCUGAUCCUUUUUUUUUCUCUCUCUUUUAGAAUUACUUUUCAAGAGAUAUGUCUCAAGAUCUUUUCAACGUACCGAUCUUCUUUAUUCUCUUUCGUGAAACGACUGAGGCAGCCAUUAUUAUCUCUGUCCUCUUGUCCUUCUUGAAGAGAAUGUUUAAUACAGAGUCUCCUGUAUACAAACGUCUCAGAAAUCAAGUUUGGUUUGGUGGUGCAGCUGGUCUAUUUAUAUGUAUAUGUAUCGGUGCUGCCUUUAUUGCCGUUUACUAUACUGUCCUUAACGAUUUGUGGGGCAAUUCUGAAAACAUUUGGGAAGGUGUUUUCUCUUUGGUCGCUGUCAUCAUGAUUACCGCUAUGGGUCUCGCCAUGCUCAAAACUGAACGUAUGCAAGAAAAAUGGAAGGUCAAGUUGGCAAAGGCAAUGCAAAAAUCAAGCACUGAAAAGACUGGCUUUAAAGAAAAGCUUCAAAAAUACGCCUUUUUUGUCUUACCCUUUGUCACUGUACUCAGAGAAGGUCUUGAAGCUGUUGUGUUCAUCGGCGGUGUCUCCUUGGGUAUUCAAGGUAAAUCUAUUCCUAUCGCUGCUAUCAUGGGUAUCAUCUGUGGUGCCUUGGUCGGCUUCCUCAUCUAUCGCGGUGGUUCCUUGAUCCAGCUUCGAUGGUUCUUUGUUUUCUCUACUGUUAUCCUUUACCUUGUCGCUGCCGGUUUGAUGUCCAAGGCUGUUGGCUAUUUUGAACAAAAUGCCUGGAACCAAGUCAUUGGUGGCGAAGUUGCUGAAGAAGGUGGUGAUGUGAUCCCAUACAAGGUAACCACUGCUGUCUGGCACGUAUCUUGGGGAAAUCCUGAAUUGAACGUUGACUCCAACGGCGGUUGGCAAAUCUUUAACGCCAUUCUUGGUUGGAACAACACUGCUACCAUUGGUACUAUCGUCAGCUACUGUCUCUACUGGCUCUUUGUCGCCGGCUACCUCGCUUUCAGUUUCUACAAAGAAAAGCGUGCAGCCAUUCGCAAAGCCGAAGCUGGUGAAUGGGAUGAUGGUGAAGAAGCCUUAGAACAAGCUAAGAAAUACAUUGCUGAGGAUGGAGAAUUCAUUGUUAAAGAUGCUGUGGAUGUCGAAUCUAAAGAACACCCUCAUGAAACAGUUGAUGCAGUCCCUGUCAAGGCUUAAAUUAUAACAAAUAUCUUAUUUCUUAGAGCUUUAAUAUCAAAUACAUGUUUUUUUCUUUCUUAUAUUAUGUAAUGCUAUCUUAAUCAUUAUUUCUUAUACAUCAUUUAUCCUUUGUUAUGUAAUAUAUACACGCACAUAUUCAAUAAACAGACAUUAGUAAACCCGAUUUUUUAUUGCCUGAUCAACGGAUGCUGAUUUAUCUGAUCUUGUGUCCCUCGGCUCAAGAUAUCAAAUUGUAUCACUUUAUAUUU